AUGGAUGUAAGUCAGGCCAAACAGGAACAUCUACUGGCUUUGAAAGUGAUGCGACUGACAAAGCCAACUCUAUUUACCAACCUGCCAGUGACUUGUGAAGAGCGAGACCUACCAGGCGACCUUUUCGCGCGACUAAUGCGCGAUGACCCGUCCACCAUCAAGGGUGCGGAGACGUUAAUGCUGGGUGAGAUGCUCACGCUGCCACAGAACUUUGGGAACAUCUUCCUGGGUGAGACCUUCUCCAGCUACAUCAGCGUGCACAACGACAGCAGUCAGGUGGUCAAAGACAUCCUGGUCAAGGCUGACCUGCAAACCAGCUCCCAAAGACUCAACCUGUCGGCGUCCAACUCGGCCGUGGCCGAACUUAAACCCGAGUGCUGCAUCGACGACGUCAUUCACCAUGAAGUCAAAGAAAUCGGAACACACAUCCUGGUUUGCGCCGUAAGCUACACCACACAGUACGGAGAGAAGCUCUACUUCCGCAAGUUCUUCAAAUUCCAGGUCCUCAAACCUCUGGACGUCAAGACGAAGUUCUACAAUGCUGAGAGUGACCUCAGUUCUGUGACGGACGAGGUCUUUCUGGAGGCCCAAAUUCAAAACAUUACCACGUCUCCCAUGUUCAUGGAGAAGGUUUCUCUGGAGCCGUCCAUGAUGUACAACGUAACAGAACUAAACACCGUCACGCUCCAAGACCAUGGGGUGUCUACGUUUGGCAAGAUGUCAUACCUGCAACCCAUGGACACGCGUCAGUACCUCUACUGCCUAAAGCCAAAACCAGAGUAUGCCGAGAAGGCAGGCGUCAUCAAGGGCGUUACAGUCAUCGGAAAGCUGGACAUCGUGUGGAAGACCAACCUGGGGGAGAGGGGGCGCCUGCAGACCAGCCAGCUGCAGAGGAUGGCUCCAGGGUACGGAGACAUCCGUCUGUCCAUGGAGGUUAUUCCCGACACAGUCAACCUUGAAGAACCUUUUAACAUCAGAUGUAAGAUCACUAACUGCAGCGAAAGGACCAUGGAUCUUCUAGUGGACAUGAUAAACACGUCGUCCGUCCACUGGUGUGGCGUCUCCGGGAGAUCGCUUGGCAAGCUAAGCCCCGGGGCGUCACUCUCGCUGCCCCUUACGCUACUGGCAUCCGUCCAGGGUCUCCAGAGUAUUUCUGGCUUGAGGCUCACAGACUCAUUCCUGAAGCGUACGUACGAAUACGACGACGUGGCUCAAGUAUGCGUGGUUUGUCCGUCCUAG